CUUUCUCGCCCCUUGCGCGGCGGGACCCCAGCUGAGCGGAGCGGAGGGGGUCGCCCUGCCGGGCCAGUGCCCCACUGAGGAUGCACGUUCCUGCUAGAGGUAAAUAAAGAUCCAGCCUACUCCGCCCCAGAGGGAGGAGAGAAAGCGCGAGCGGGGAGGAAAAGGGGCAAAGGACACCGAGGAGCAAAGGCCACCCCCGAGGUUCUCGGCGCGUUUGCAUCAGGGCGCGGAGAAAUGGCCAGCUAGAGAGCGAAUCCCAGCCCCGCGCGAGCUUGGGUGGCGGUGGAUUGUCCUCGGGAAAGCGAGCUCCGUUUCUGGAUUACAAAACAGGAAGACAGAGACUCUGGCUGGCUCUGUACGUGACUCAUUGAUCUCCGGACUUGGGAUUCGUACAGGAUGCCGAUUCUGAAGCAGUCCCCCAUCUCCCAGUCAAAGAAGAGGCCCCGCAUCGGCCGGGACAUGAUCAGCGCCCCGCUGGGAGAUUUCCGGCACACCAUGCACGUCGGCCGGGGCGGGGACGUCUUCGGGGACACCUCCUUUCUCAGCAACCACGGGGGCCCCAAGGCCAAUGGGCUGCCCCCCGCCACCGAGGCCCUGGCGCCGGCUCAGUCCCCCAGCCGCCUCUCGGGGUCCUCCGGCAGCCCAACUGAUUUGGGGGGCGUCCCGGGCAUCCUGGAUUUGCCCCCCACUUCCUGGGAGGGGGAACUGCAACAGGCCGAGUCCCUGUUCUCCUUCGAGUUGGAUCUGGGGCCAUCUAUUCUGGAUGAGGUGUUGGGGGUCAUGGACAAGGGCGGGGAGCAGCCCCGGAGUGAGGACGUCAGGCCGGAGAGGCCGGUGGGGGGACAGGGGCUGGGCCAUGGGGUGGCUCCCCAGGCAGGGGAGGAGGAAGAAGAGGAGGAAGAGGAGGAAGGCACUGGGCAUGGAUACACAUUUGACGAUGAGCUGGAUGAUGAGAUUGGGCUAUAGGAGAGCGGGUUCAGCUCUCCUCCCAUCCCUCCAAUUCCCUCCACCCCUCCAUCUGUCUGCUACCUUGUCCCUUCAUCCACACCCCUCCUGCUUCAGCCACCCCCCCCCUUCCCUUGUGUGUGUUCUCUCUUUCUUUUCCUCUUUCAUUCUUCCUUACCCUUCUCUUUCUUUUGCUCCUGCUCUCUUUCCCUUCCCCUCUUCCUCCAUUGCUUCCUUUCAUUCUUUUUUUUUUCUUUCACUUAUUCUUACCCCUUAGCCGGCCCCCUCCCCAUGGCAGUAUCGGUUCUGUGAGGAUGGUGAUGCUAUCUGCAAUGGAAAGCCCGAUGUGUUUGAUCCUAAUUUUCACCUCCUUGUCUGUAUGGAUUUCUGGAAUCCUAAUCCACCCACCCGCCCGUUGACUGGUCAACUCAUCAACAUGUCUGUCUAUUACUGAGCCCCUCAAUCAAUCCACCAACCCACGGAUUGCCCAAUCAACCCAUUAAUACAUUGAUCGACUGAUCAACCAGUCAAUCCGUUUAUCAAUCAGCCUGUCAAUUGAUCAACAAUCCAUCUACCACCAAAAAACGAUCGGCCCACUGGCUGACAAAAUGAGCUAUCAAUAGUCAGCCCUCUUCCCCCCCCCCCACUCAUCAUUCAGCCGAUGGACCCAUCAACCAUCAAUCCACCAAUUGACCUGCCAACUAAGUUAUCGACGGAUGGAACAGUUAACGAUCAACCAACCAACCAGUCAACCCAUCAGCAGACUAGUCAAGAAUCAACCCACCAAUCGACCAGUCAGCCAAUCAGUGAAACAGUCAACAAUCAACCAACCAGUUGGUCAGUGGAAUGGUCAACGAGCAACCAAUCAACUAGCCAAGCCAUCAACGAAAUAGUCAAGAAUCAAGCCACCAAUUGACCACUCAACCAACCAACCAGUUGACCAACUAAUCAAUCAAUCGACUGAUCAUCUCAGCAGUUGACCAAAUAACCCACCAAUCGGUCAGCAUCCCACUUCCUCUCCCACUGGGAGAAGGAACUCCUGAACUGAAAGCCGAGACAGUUUGAUGUUGGUUUUGUGUGUAUCCGUCUCACACCCCAUCUGGACUCUGGGCUCACAAGAGAUGGACUCGGACAAGAGCAGUGGUACCGGGGUGGUUAGGGGGGCACGGAUCAGCCUUGAGAAAAGUGAUUUGGGUAAUGCUGUGAAAAUGACCUGGGUUCCCUCCUCCCCCACCCCCUAUUUCAUGCUUGGGGCUCCCCCCACAUGGAAGGAGAGUUACUUGAGACGUUAACGGAUUAUAUUCACCGGGCGUGGAAGGCCUGGGGUCUAAUGGCUUAGAGCAGGGGGGCUGGGAGCCAGGACUCCUGGGUUCUCUCCCUGGCCCUGGGAGGGGAGUGGGGUCUGGUGGCUUAGAGCAGGGGGGCUGGGAGCAAGGACCCCUGGGUUCUAUCCCUGGCUCUGGGACGGAAGUGGGGUCUGGUGGCUUAGAGCAGGGGGGCUGGGAGCAAGGACCCCUGGGUUCUAUCCCUGGCUCUGGGAUGGAAGUGGGGUCUGGUGGCUUAGAGCAGGGGGGCUGGGAGCCAGGACUCCUGGGUUCUCUCCCUCGCCCUGGGACGGAAGUGGGGUCUGGUGGAUUAGAACAAGGUUGGGGGGGCUGGGAGCCAGGAGCAGUUUAUCCCAGCCCAGAAAAGGGUGGGGUGCGGAGGGGAACAUUUCACUUUGAGGGCAGGGGUGUUAAGAUUAUUUUCCCUGCUCCAGAUUUGAUGAGGGAGGGAAGAGGGGGAGGAAUGUUAUUAAGUGGGACAGCAGCUGGGAUCCUAGUGGUGAGUGUCAUGGACUGAUAAGGGGUCCCCUAAUCUGGGCCUAUGAACAACAGGGUCAAAUGGAGCCAACACAGUGUGGUUUUGUCGCCCUCUAGUGGACUGAUUGGGUAGAAAGGCUACUGAUGCUGUAGCGCGGGGCCUGCUCUUACGGUUGUGGGUUCGAGUCCCCGCAGGGAGGGGGACCGGGCUUGGGAUUGGCCCACACCCCCUGAGGGAGAGGGUAAGAUGGCUCAAUGGGACCCGUAUUGGCUGGAAUAAGGAUGGGACACAGGAGACAGCUGAGGGAGGUGAGAGGAAAGAAAGAAAGAAAGA